GAGAGAGAGAGAGAGAGAGAGAGAGGGAGGGAGAGGGAGGGAGGAGGGAGAGAGAGAUGCCAAAUAGUCUCUUGGGACAAAUGUAAGCAUCUUCCGUCUCUUCUUCUUCUUCUUCUUCUUCUUCUUCUUCUUCCUCUCCCUCUGUCCCUCGAGCUCAGCCCCAUUACUGCACUCGCCACCACCAUAGCAAUGGCGGUGGCGACCCUGAAGAGGGGCACACGCCCGCCGUGGGUGGGCCUGGGCGCGGCGGUGUGGGUCCAGAUAGCCUCCGGCAACGCCUACAACUUCCCCCUCUACUCCCACUCCCUCAAGUCCGUGCUCGGCUUCAACCAGCACCAGCUCACCCUCCUCGGCGUGGCCAACGACGUCGGCGAGAACGUCGGCCUCAUCCCAGGCCUCGUCUCCAACCACCUUCCCCCCUGGGCCGUCCUCCUUGUCGGCUCCGUCGCCUGCUUCCUCGGCUACGGCGUCCUCUGGCUCGCCGUCUCCCGCACCGUCCAACCCCUCCCUUACUGGCUGUUAUGGCUCGCCCUCUGUGUGGCCACGAACAGCAGCGCCUGGCUCACCACUGCAAUUCUUGUGACAAACAUGAGAAACUUCCCUUUAAGUCGAGGGACUGUUGCCGGAAUCCUCAAAGGCUAUGGAGGUCUAAGUGCCGCAGUAUUCACCGAGAUCUACAGCUUGCUUCUCCACCACUCGUCCUUGAAGCUCCUCGUGUUCCUCUCUCUCGGGAUCCCCAUCCUCUGUCUCCUCAUGAUGUACUUUGUUAGAGCUUGCACUCCAGCUUUGAGAGAGGACUCCUCUGAGCGCAGCCAUUUUCUCUUUAUACAGGUGGCAAGUGUUGUUCUCGGGUUAUACGUUCUCAUAACUACGAUUUUGGGUGAUGUGUUCUCUCUGAGAGGUCCUGAGUCCUAUUCGGUUGUUGCUGUGAUGGUUCUUCUUAUCAUGGCUCCAUUGGCAAUACCAGUGAAGAUGACUCUGUAUCCCAGGCCAGGCAGGCAAACUGAGGUAAUGGAAAGACCAGCGGAAGAAGAAAGUUCGGACAAAAAGGAACCUCUGCUAGCUAGCUUUUGUGAGAAUGAGGAUGUGUCGGAGGUUGAGAUGCUUUUGGCUGAGGGAGAGGGCGCGGUGAAGAAAAAGAGGAGGCCAAAAAGGGGGGAAGAUUUUAAAUUCUUCGAGGCUCUCAUCAAGGCCGAUUUCUGGCUACUUUUCUUGGUUUACUUCAUUGGAGUGGGUUCUGGAGUCACGGUUCUUAACAAUCUCGCGCAGAUAGGAAUUGCACAAGGAGUGCAUAAUACUACCAUAUUGCUGUCCCUGUUCAGCUUUGGCAACUUUGUGGGCCGGCUUGGUGGAGGUGUUGUAUCCGAGCAUUUUCUCAGAUCGAAGACUAUGCCCCGUACGUUUUGGAUGACAGGGACCCAGGUGAUCAUGAUCUUCACCUACCUCCUCUUUGCCUCGGCAAUCGAUGGGACCCUCUAUGCCGCAACUGCUCUCCUCGGGAUCUGCUAUGGUGUUCAGUUCUCCAUAAUGGUGCCGACCGUGUCCGAGCUAUUUGGGCUCAAGCAUUUCGGCCUGUUCUACAACUUCAUGUCCCUAGGAAACCCUAUUGGAGCAUUCCUAUUUUCAGGCCUCCUCGCCGGAUACAUAUACGACCACGAGGCAGCCAAGCAGCAUGGAUUGGAAGUUCUCAACUCAGGACUCACUUGCCUGGGUCCAAACUGCUUCAGGCUCACCUUCAUGAUCCUCGCAGGUGUUUGUGGGCUUGGGGUUAUCCUAAGCGUAGUUUUGUCCAUCAGGAUAAAACCCGUCUAUCAGAUGCUCUAUGCAGGCGGGUCCUUCAGGUUGCCACAAAGUUCAGUUCACUGAUAUAAUCUCAUAAUACAACAUUGGAGCUUGUGUUUUUAAGGAAGAAUGUAGGGAUAUCCCGUGUGGGAACAAAGCGGUAAAUUUUGGUCAUGAUAUAUAUAGCCAACACUAUAGUCUUUUGAAUUCUCGACCGUGAAGGUGUUAUGUAUGACUAUGUUCAAUGCCCAUAUUCAUGGAACAAGAAGUAGGGACCGACUCAUGCAUGUUAUGGUAGAUUUUGGUAAAGAAGUGAUUCAAUCUUUGUUUUGGCUCAUA